CUAUAUACAGGGGGGUACCGGUAAAGAGUCAACUACCUCAACAGGUUAGUUGAGGUAGUAGGUAGAGUUAUUAAAGUGACUAUGCAUAGUGACGUUUUAAGUAACAGCCAACUUUCCAGGACAUAGACAUGUCUUAUAUCGGCAGAAUGUUUAAAUUAUUGUUAAUCUAACUGCACUGUCCAAUAUAAUGUAGCUAUUACGGUGAAAAAAAUACCAUGCUAUUGUUUGAGGAUAGUGCACAACAACAAAACCCUUUUAUCACAGCAAAUGGUUUGAUACAUUCACCUCUGAAGGUAAAUCAUGUACUUACAUUCAGUAAUCUUGCUCUGAUUUGUCAUCCUGAGGGUCACAGAGAUAAAAGGUUUUGUUUUGUUUGAUAAAAUACAUUUUUAUAUUCAAAUGUAGGAACUGGGUUCUACAGUUUGAACCCCUGCUGUCUCUGGAACACAUGUUUUCUAGUUUGUAUUAUCUUUUACCAGAUCUAAUAUGUUAUACUCUCCUACAUUAAGAUCACAUUUCCACAAAUUUAGUGUUUCAAACAAAGUGUUCCCUUUCAAAUAGUAUCCAGAAUUAGGCAUAUCCUUGCUUCAGGUCCUGGGCUACAGGCAGUUAGAUUUGGGUAUGUCAUUUUAGACGAAAAUUGAUAAAAAGGGUAUGAUCUUUAAGUCGCACUGAAUUACUUCUACCUCGUUCACAAAUUCAUGUUGUUACUCCUACGACCAGAGAAAGUGAAAUAUUCCUCGAUAUUAUAAAAGACACCGGGCGCAAAAAUAACAAUGAAAGCUUAACGAAACAUGUGCAUAUUAUGGCUUAUAAAACUAUUAAACAAAGUGUUGACAGUGCUGAAUAACAACUUAUACAUGAACUUACUCAUAAAAACAGCAGAUCUGCUGUAUUCGUUGAGUCUCUCUCUAGUCCUGGUUUUAAACGUUUUGAAAUCUCACAUUAUUACAUUUGUUGUGCGUUCGUGGCUUUUUUUUUACAGUCCCUUGUGCGAGGAAACUGUGUAGACACGGUAAUCUGAGUUAUCUGAUUGGCCAGAAGUAGGCCUAUAGUUUUCUGAAUCAAGUGCACCUACCUGCAACAGCGCGAAACGAAUACAAAAAUUAGGAACUCAAGGUUUUACCGAUGGGUUUUUCACAGAAAUGUUUGGUGCGAUUGAACAUCUCUCUGGCUGUAGCGUUCACUUUAAAUUAUAAUACAGCGCUAAAGGUAAUCCUUGUUUUUCAAAACAAAAGUUGAGCUUGAAAUUCAAGUUUAUCAAUCAGACCGGCCGCAUUAAAUCGGACUUUAGUAAUCAUGUUGUAAUAUAACAAGCUAAUGAGCCUAAAUUACAACAUCAUGACCAUUAUUUAUGUAUGCUAAUUUAUUUCAGCUCUUCGUUGACGCGAAUGGCCCCUCCCCCCACCCCACAUCUUUGGUCUCUUAGCAACUGUAUUGUAAACUAUCAACAUCGAUGUGAUGUUCUUUUCUAUGCUGCUGCCAAUAAUGUGUCUGGUGCGAUUCGAUUUGCUUUAUUUAAGUGCUGUUUAAGUUCAGAGGAGGUAUGUUGUUUUUCUUUAGGCCUAACGUUAUGUUUUCUUUAUAAAGUGUUUUAUACGCAUGGAAUCUGUAUCUUUUUGUAGCUAACGUUAAUAUGUCUGCAGAGGUGGCCAUACAGCCCCUGGAGGAUGUUAGCCCCCAAAUGAUGUGCUCCAGUCCCCAACCCAGUCCACAGCCCCAGGCCAAAGUGCUCAGGGAGGACCUCCUAAAGAUCCUGGACCCUUCACGGAAGAAGCUGUCAUCAUUGGAGACGCAGCGCUUCGCAGGGGUGCUGGAAGACUGCAUCGCCAGGGUGGAGACGGUAGCCAUGCUGCCGGCUGUGCUGGCCCUCCUGGGAAGGCUGUCUGUGGGGUUGGAGUUGGAGGGGGCCUUACAGGAGCAACAGCACCUUGGAGAGAGGCUGGUGGGCCUGGGGCAGAAGCUGGUUGAGGGGGAGGCAGGGGAGAGAGCGAGAGCAGAGUUAGAAAGGGCCAUCCCCAGCUCACUGAGGAACGUGCUCAGACUGCUGAGAGCUCAUCCAGCCGCAACCCGUACCCUGAGUAGUGAGGCAGAGGGAGGGGGGCAGGGGGUGAGUGAAGAGGUGCGAGGGCUGGUAGGGGGGCUGCAGGAGUUGCGGGGGGUGCUGUUAGAGAAACUGCUGACAAGCCCGGCCGAGGAACGUCGAAGAACACGCUACAUGCAGGAGGUUUCGCUGCGCCAUGGCAACAACAUGGAGCUGGUUGCUACACUGGAGGCGGAAGCCGCUGCCGCCAUCAAAGACAGAGAUGCUGAGACCUCUAAGAAAAUUGAGGGGAUCAGGAAGUUGAAGAGCUCUCUGCACCAGAUGGAGAAGAUCUCUGAGGACUUUGUGUUGCGGACACAGCAGGAUGCCGACAAGCAGAACCAAUCAGACGCUAAGACCUCAGAGGGGAGGCGGGCCCGCAUGCAGCAGGAAGCCAAUCAGCUGAGAGUUCAGCUUAACAACCUGAUUUCUGAGAACCGCGAGGUAGAGACUUCGCUCCGCAAGAAAAAAUAUAAAGUGGAGACAGAAAUAGAGAACUGGAUCCAGAAGUAUGAUGCUGAUAUGGGAGAGAAACAGUUUGAGCUGGAGGACAUGACAAGGGUCUAUGAGGAGGAGAAGGAGGAGCUGAGAGAGCUAGAAGAGGCGUAUGCUGUCCUGGAGCAGGAGUUCAGUCAGAUCCAGGAGGAGCGGCGUUUGGCCGAGGAGAGGAGGGAGGAGGAGCAGAAAGAGCUGGAAAAGAAGAGCUGUGCCGCCACCAUUAUCCAGGCUUACUGGAGGGGCCACCGUGUCCGCAAGGCCAUGAGGGGGAAGGGCAAGAAGGGUAGCAAGGGCAAGAAGGGCAAAGGCAAGAAGGGCAAAUAAGGGCAAAUAACUGUGGAAAACUCGGCCAGACCAGGACAGUCCAUUAUUCCAGCGUGGUUUUUAUAUUUGUGAGAAAGAUGUGGCAGCUCUCCAAAAACACGUCCCAUUUUCCUUUUCUCCUUUUGUACGUUUUCCUUUUAGGUGUCAGAGUUUAUUCCAAUAAAUACUGUGCAACGCAGCUCUUGAUUACUAUUGUAUGAUUACUACUCUGUGUUUGAUGUUAUCUAUUUUUAAGUGUUAAUUAAAAGAAAAGGGGAUUUUUUUUAAA